AUGCCGCGUGCAACAAACACACGCGCGGCUUGGCUUUCGGCCUGCGUGCUCCUCUUUACCCUCGUUGCCUCUUGGCAACAGCCCAUCGUCAACGCCGAGGUUUCCCUUGGCGAUGCUCUGACCGCGUCGGAAUUCCUUGAUGAGCUGGCCCUCAACGACUGCGCCCAACUGACUGACUCCAACUCCGGGUACUACUUCACAAGCGGCCAGGAAACAGGCGUCUCUCGCACACGCUGCGACACAGCUUGCCUUGGCAUCAACCGCUGCACCGACAGCACCGGCACCGGCUGCAAGGCCAUCGCCAACUGCACCCAGACCGUCUUUGAGACCACAUUCGAGGUUGUCGUUGACUGCCGCGAGCCGCUUGAUGAGCGCGAUGAGGCCGGUAUCGACUUCUUUGGCAUGCGCUGGAAGCAGGCCCUCGCUGAGGACUGCAGCAUUGGACGCGUGUGCCGCUACAAUGGCGACAGCGCAGCCACGAUUGAGGUCAUCAACAGCACCACCUUCCGCACCACCACCCUCAACCCAGCGCACGUGGACCACCUCACCUUCUGCGCACAGACGCAAACCUUCAAGUUCAACCGCUGUGAAGUCCUGAGCGCCAUGUUCAGCGCCAACGUUCGCGACACCUUCACGGACUGCGUUGCGGCCACGGAUCACUACAGCAUCUCAAACCUGAUUGACUUUGGCAUCUGCGUUGGCGAGUGCGACGAAAUCUCAAGCUCAAGCAACCUCACCCAGAUGCAGGCCGUGCUCGAGUGCUACGUGAACUGCGCCAACGACACGGCGGACAUUGGCUGCGAGGUGACCACCACCACUACGACAACCACGACCACAACCACCCUUCCCUACGACUUGCUGGAUGAAGUCAGCGACUACGCCACAUUUGUCUCCAACCAGACGCGCGCUGGCUGCACGCGUUCCGUGUUGUCGACCAACGGCUACUACCUCCUCUCUGGCGCAGCUUCUGGCGUGCAGCAAGCCGAGUGUGACCGCGGUGGCGGCUGCAGCUGCUUCCACUUUGAGGAAUGCAACGACCCCGAGGGCAUGACAUGCAUGGAGGUGUACGAGUGCGAGACCAAGAGCGGCAGCGCCGACAGCUGCUACACCUUUGACGAGUGCGUGGAGGAUGACUUCCACAUUGAGGCCAUCAUGGCAGUGUCGUGCAACGAUAGCCAGCUGCUGGAGACCUUCAACAACACCAUGCUGGACGACUUUGCUGCCGACCUCAAGGCAUCGCUUAUCGAGGACUGCAGCGACCUUCCUCUGCAAUGCCAUGUCAAGUCUGAUGAUUACACGGACAUUGAGGUUCUGGACAACAGCACCUUUGUCAUCGGCGUCUACAAGCCAAACGACAUUGCCCGCCUUUCGAGCUGCGCGGAGCUGAGCUCCUUCACCUUCCACGGUUGCACCGUCGAGCUGGUGGAGCGAUAUGAUGCGGAGGCGCAGGUCAUUGUGACGCAGCGGUUUGUGGUGACGGGCGUCAACGAGUCCCAGGUCAACACCACCGCCAUCAAGCAGCGGCUGUUGGCCAAGCUGCCGCAGUUCACUGCCGACCAGAUUGAGGUGCGCAUUGAACGGAUCAGCCGUCGUGCAACGAACGAUGGCUUCAUUGUUGUCAUCGAGUACACCGCCGAUGACGAGGAUGCUGAGGAGGUGGUGAACACCGCCAACGAGGUGGCAAACAACGGCACCCUCACUGAGGCGAUCGAGGAAGACACGGGCGAAAUGGUGGAUACGAUGCAGGAAGGCGAUGUCAUGAUUGACUUGAUGGACCCGUUCCACUCGGUACGUCUCUAA